ACUUGUUCUGCUCAUGCAAAUGGUCCAAGCCCAAAAUCAACCCACCUUUUAUGCCUCAAUCUUCACUACCCACUCUUCUCUACCAAAACUUUAAUGGGUUCCAGGACAUUCUGACUGGCCACUCUGCUCUCCUAGGACAGGACAUUCUGGGAUGCUGGGGAAUAGAGAGGUAGUUGUGGAUGCCUGACACUGAGAAGAGGGCUAAAUGGAGGUGGUCUACUCCUAACCUUGGCUCUCUAGUCUUGGAUCCAGACAGGCCCCCCCCACCCUCCACAUUCUGCCCCUUUCACAUUCAGCCCUUCCCCUAAAGCUUUAGUCUAAUCCCAGCUGUGGCUUGAUGCUCUUAUCUCUGCCAUCAGAGAGGUGGACUGGUAAGCACGUGCUCUUCCUCCCCCACCCCUAUCUUUCCUUAAUGCCCCCCAACUAAGAACACAGGGGAACAUUGCAAGGGAAACUGGCUCCACCACAACUCAGCUCUACACUCUCCCCAUCUAGUUCCGGCCUUUUCCCCUUAGGUCCCUGACAAUAUCCUAACUGUCCUGACCUUAACCUUCUACUCUAGUCCUUCCCCUUCCCCACUUGAUUUUACCCACCCCCUACCUCACUGGGACCAGGCCAGUCUCCAGCAGUAGAGCUGGGGUGGCUGACCCAAGGGCAUUGGACCGGAGGCAAGGGGAGGAAGAGUCAAGAUCCAGAGCAAGCUCAAAUCCAAUUUCAAGUAAGGACUGGUCCUGCUACUGUGGCAGAGUGGGAAGGGCUGGAGGGAUUGCUCUGGUGAACUAAGGGCGGGACUGAACCUAGCAUAACUGAACUUAGAGGGAACGGGCAAGACGGUAACCUUAUCAUUUGUCCAUUUGAAGGCGCCCUAGGAAGGGUUUUCUUUCUUGGGAAAGGAUCCCACACUGGUCCAGGCAAAAGGGUCUAAUUAUUUUUACAUGGUAGAGUAGAAAUUUAUUACACUCUCUUAGCACCUCUUCUGUCAUCUAUAAAAUGGGGUGAUGGCAUUUGUACCACCUACCUCCCAAGGUGGUUGUGAGAAAAGUGCUCUGUAAGCCUUCAGUUUGUGUAUAAAUGGGAGCUAUUAGGAAUAUUACUCUUUUCUGGAGCUGUCUAGAUGGAAUGUGAAGGGGUACAGCAUAAGUGACUUGGGCAGAAACAGGAGCAGUUUCAUCUAUUAGCCAUGGGGGAGAUGGAGCAAUUACGUCAGGAAGCUGAACAGCUCAAGACACAGAUUGCGGAUGCCCGGAAAGCCUGUGCUGACACCACCCUGGCAGAGCUUACUUCUGGUGUAGAGGUUGUUGGGCGGAUUCAGAUGCGGACACGCCGGACUCUUCGUGGACACUUGGCCAAGAUCUAUGCCAUGCAUUGGUCUACUGACUCCAAGCUGCUAGUGAGUGCUUCACAGGAUGGGAAGCUGAUUGUGUGGGAUACCUAUACAACCAACAAGGUCCAUGCCAUUCCACUUCGUUCCUCUUGGGUCAUGACCUGUGCCUAUGCUCCAUCGGGAAACUUUGUGGCAUGUGGGGGGCUGGACAAUAUGUGUUCCAUCUACAGCCUCAAGUCCCGAGAGGGCAACGUCAAAGUCAGCCGGGAGCUCUCUGCCCACACAGGUUACCUCUCCUGCUGCCGAUUCUUAGAUGACAACAACAUUGUGACCAGCUCUGGAGAUACCACAUGUGCUCUGUGGGAUAUUGAGACUGGGCAACAGAAGAUGGUAUUUUUGGGCCACACAGGAGAUUGCAUGAGCCUGGCUGUUUCUCCCGAUUUCAAACUCUUUAUUUCUGGGGCCUGUGAUGCCAGUGCCAAGCUGUGGGAUGUCCGAGAGGGAACUUGCCGCCAAACUUUCACUGGGCAUGAGUCUGACAUCAAUGCUAUCUGUUUCUUUCCCAAUGGUGAAGCAAUCUGUACUGGCUCAGAUGAUGCCACCUGUCGUCUCUUCGACCUUCGGUCUGACCAGGAGCUGAUCACAUACUCCCAUGAAAGCAUCAUCUGUGGCAUCACGUCAGUUGCCUUCUCCCGAAGUGGCCGCCUGUUGCUGGCUGGCUACGAUGACUUUAACUGCAACAUCUGGGACUCUGUGAAGGGUGAACGUGUUGGGACCCUCUCAGGCCAUGACAACAGAGUCAGUUGCCUGGGGAUUACAGCUGAUGGGAUGGCAGUGGCCACAGGCUCCUGGGACAGCUUCCUCAAGAUCUGGAACUGAAGAGGGUGGCACAAGAUGGGAGAUAAAGGACAGCUUGGAUCUCUGGUAGUCCGAAUCCUGUUGAAGACUCGAUCUCACCUGCUACCAUUUCCUCAGUACUUCCCCCUUAGAGGGCAGGUAGGAUUUAGGAAACAUAGAGAAGAGCAUGGCAAAUAGCAAAACCUGGGGCAGGAUGGCCGUAUGGGCCCCCUUCCCUACACAUUUGUGCAGUUUUCCCCGUACCUUCCUCAAUGACCAUUCUGACCCCUAUCUAGCCUCUUCCUCUUCCUUUCUAAACACCCUUCACAGCCUCUAAAACAAGAUGGCUACUUCUGAUAGGAAGCAAGGACUUAGAAGGCCCUGGGUUCCUCACCUCUAGUUUCAGCAACCAUCAUAGUAGCCCAGACCUAGAAGGUAUAAUUAGGCAUUACUGGGGUAAACCAGAACCUUAUCCUCCUCUCUGUGCCCUGCUUAAGGACCCUCUUUAACCCUUGUUCCUUUUCCUUAUGUCCCUUCUUUUCUAGCUCAUAUUCAAUAAAAGGCAGCUCUAUUGUAUAGCAA